AAUUACUAUUCAAGGAGAUCAAAGAUCAUCGACAUAAAAAGAAAAUUUCUUGGACACAUACACAUGUGCUUAUUUAUAUAUCUCUUGAAACAUGAAGGUUUGUUUUCAUAUUUGUCUGAAGUAACUCAACAUUUGUGUUGUGUUUAUCUUUAUUUGAUUAUGUAAAAUUUUAUUUGGAUAUAGAUUUUUAGUUGGGUUCAAAGAAGACUUAGUGGAAAGAAGCAUGAGUCAGCUUCAGAUUCUUGUAAGUGAAAACUAUUAUUAUACUAAGAAUAUUUGCAUAGAGCACUGAUCUGUUUGAUGAUGUAUAUAUAUAUAUAUAUAGCUCAAGAAUCAUCAGGGCCUGCUUUGGGUAAAGACCUCCAAAGUUGGCCUCAAGAUGAAGAAACCUUCUUAGCCAUUGGAACACUUGGAAACAAUAUCAUCUCCAAGGAAGAAGAGGAAGAAGACACAGAUUCUAGCAAAGAUCUCACUGCCACUAAUACAGAUGUUAGUAUUGGAAAGAAGAAAUCGCUCUCUUUUCUUCUCAAGAAAAUGUUUGUUUGCACAAGUGGCUUCAAAACUCCACCUCCUCUUCUUGAUUUGUCUAGAGAUUCAUUGCCUAAUACAAGAAUGGAAAAGAUGCUAAGGACAAUACUUAACAAGAAGAUACAUCCACAACGUUCAAAUGCUAUAGCAAAGAAGUAUUUGGAGAAUCAUAAGAUUAUAGAUGAAGCUCGUUCAAGUGUCGACGCCAAGAAAUGGGUCAAUACUGAUUCUGAAUGUGAGAUAUUUUCUAAUAUUUAAAGCGUUUAUCUCGUCAUAUAAUAAUGUAUUUAACCAAGUCA